ACCUACUUGGGCUGAGAAGGCGGAGCUAAUUUAGUACACGGAAGUGGCGUGAUGACGUCGAUGAUAGGGUGGGGCGACUGCAUGUGACAUCACGAAGAUGGUGGUGGGUGCGUUUCCAAUCGCCAAGCUCCUGUACCUCGGGAUCCGUCAGAUUAGUAAACCUUUAGCGAACCGGAUCAAGGCGGGAGCACGGCGGAGUGAAUUUUUCCGUACCUACGUCUGUCUUCCCCCUGCUCAAGUAUAUCACUGGGUGGAAAUGCGUUCCAAAAUGAGGAUCAUGGGAUUCCGUGGAGCAGUAAUUAAGCCACUAAAUGAAGAUGCAGCGGCUGAGUUGGGGGCAGAGCUUCUAGGAGAGGCCAUUAUUUUCCUUAUUGGGGGUGGAUGUCUGGUGGCAGAGUACUCAAGGCAAGCUACUAACAGCCGUAGGAAAGAGGAAGAAAUGGAGGCCAGACUGGGCUCUAUGGAGGCUGAAAUUGCGCGUAUGGGACUCCUCACAGAGGAACUGGAAACCAGAGCACGUGUGGCAGAGAGGCAACAGCUCGCUGGAAAAUGAUUCAUCCAGUGAAAUUUCUAUACAAAUCUCAUGUGAAUCUUGCACUUAUUUCUACAAAAGACUUGGCUGUAAAACUGGAUACCUUUGGUGUGUGCCCAGUUGUACAAGGUAGUGAACAACACACCCACGCAAAAUAUUGUAUAUAUGAAAAAAUAAAUAAAAGGAGCGCCACAGU